UCAAAGUUUGAAAAGAAAGCACGUGAUCAUUCUGAGACUGAGACACAGACAGAGCAGCGCACAGAGAAAGAGGGUGAAGAGGAGAAAGUCACAGAGACUGUUGGAAGCGAAGUGGAAGCCUUGAACCUUCAGGUAACCUCCCUGUUUAAGGAACUUCAGGAAGCUCAUAUGAAACUCAGUGAGGCUGAGCUCAUGAAGAAGAGGCUUCAAGAGAAGUGUCAGGCGCUCGAAAGGAAAAAUUCUGCCACCCCAUCAGAGUUGAAUGAGAAGCAAGAGCUUGUUUAUAAUACCAAGAAGCUGGAGCUCCAAGUGGAAAGCAUGCAUUCAGAAAUCAAAAUGGAGCAAGCGAAAACAGAAGAGGAAAAGUCCAAGUUAGCCAUUCUGCAGUCAACACACAACAAGCUUCUGCAAGAAUACCAUAGCGCACUGAAAAUGAUUGAGGAAAUAAGAAAAAUAGAGGUAUUUAUACAAAAAAAAGCCUAAUGAUGA